CCCAUGCAGCAGACAUAUUUGUACUCUGCUUCUCCCUCCCUUCCCGGUCUGAGGCCCCCCCUUUCGCACACAACUCUCCCCCUCUCGUUUCCCGUUUCGCGGAACGGUGAAGCUUGUUUUGCGCCUCGCCGUUCUGUUGUGCUGCCCCUCGUCCCGCCCUCCCUCUGCCACAACCACAACCACCACCAACAACGACGACCACGACCCGGGCAGUGCCAGCGCCCCUGACCUUGCGGAACUGUCCCUCCAUCCAAAGGACGAUUGCAAACUAAUAGGGCCGGGAGAUACUCUAGUCAGCCAGCCAGCCAGCCAGCGUGCCGUACGGGAUCCUCCCCUCUCAAGCUCCGAGUCGCUCUGUAAGCGGCCCCUUGUGCGCCAGCAGCAACGCACCACCAUCACCACAACGCAAGAGCCGGCCCGCAAAACUUAAACGGCCGCCUCUGGAGAUAUUUAUGUCAAAGAGUGGCGCACCACAGGAUUUGCAAAGCUCCUGCUUUUGAGUUUAAAUACAGGAAAAUAGAAGAGCCAGAAGGGCCAAUCUCGGGCCAAUUCGGUUUCACAGACGAGCGGCGUCUUUUUCCACCUGCGCAGGGAGAGAGAGAGACAGCUAGCUCUGACAUCACCGGCCGACUUACACCACCCGAGCUUCGACGACGUCACGACAUUUUUCGACAGCCCACCACCGGCGCGAAAAACCACAACGCAUCUGCUCGGUAUACUUUCUUUGGUUUUCGUGCCCGAGCAUAUUCUACCUAUCUACCUACCUACCUACCUAGCAACCAGCAAAGCACGCGGCAGCAAUGUCUCCCCACAGUGAAGUCGUGCUGAACAGCAGCGACGCCGCCGAGAUUGCCCUCAACGGCAACGGCGUCGUUUUGGCCUCCAACGGCGGCAAUCGCGUCGGCAUCGAGGACCCGCCGGCGCUGGUCGAUGCCGCCGGGGCAACGCAUAGCAACGGCAACGGCGUCGCGUCCAACGGCGGCGGUCACUCCUCUUCCUCUACUUCCUCCACCACCACCAGCCCGAGGCGCAGCUUCUCGUCCCGCGCCGAGAGCUCGCCGUACCUGCAGCCCGCGGCACUCGAUGGCGAGUUCGACCUCAUCUGCGUCGGCUUCGGCCCGGCCUCCCUGGCCGUGGCCGUGGCCAUCCACGACGCCCUCGCUGCAGGCCAGCAGCUUCUCCCCGACGGGCGCAACCCCCGCGUCCUCUUCGUCGAGAAGCAGGCCCGCUUCGCGUGGCACGCCGGCAUGCUGCUCCCCGGCGCCAAGAUGCAAAUCUCCUUCAUCAAGGACCUGGCCACGUUGCGCGACCCGCGCUCCGAGUUCACCUUCCUCAACUACCUACACCGCCAGGACCGCCUCGUCGACUUCACCAACCUGAGCACGUUCCUGCCGGCGCGAGUCGAGUACGAAGACUACCUCCGUUGGUGCGCCUCGCACUUUGAGCGCCUCGUGCAGUUCGGCCAGGAGGUCGUCUCCGUGUCGCCUGACAACAACAAGGCCGAGAAAAGCGGCGUCCGUUCCUUUACGGUUCAGUCGCGGGACGUCGCCUCGGACCAGACGCACACGUACCGGGCGCGCAACGUGCUCGUCGCCAUGGGCGGCCAGCCCUCGCUGCCCAAGAACUUCCCCCUGCGGCACCCGCGCGUCAUCCACUCGUCGCAGUACGCGCACCGCAUCCGCGAGAUCCUGCCCAAGGCCAACGGCGCGUACCGCGUGGCCGUCGUGGGCGCGGGCCAGAGCGCGGCCGAGAUCUUCAACAACGUGCAGCUCCUGUACCCCAACUCCAAGACGUGGCUGGUGAUGCGACCCGAGUUUCUGAGACCGAGCGACGAUUCGCCUUUUGUCAACUCCGUCUUCAACCCCGAGUACGUCGACGCGCUGUUCCCCAAGUCGCCCAAGUACCGACACAACCUCCUGACGGAGGCGCGCGCGACCAACUACGGCGUAGUACGCCUGGAGCUCAUCGAGGCGCUGUACGAGCGCAUGUACGACCAGCGGCGCGAGCUGGGCGUCGACGACACCAAGUGGCCGCACCGCAUCCUCGGCGGGCGGCAGAUCACCAGCAUCGACUCCAGGGGCGACUCGAUGGAGCUGCGGGUGGUGAACGUGCAGGACAGCGGCGCCCUCGACGGCUUCAUCGACGCCGCGGACGAGGAGGUGCUGGAGGCGGAUCUGGUCAUCGCGGCGACGGGAUACCAGCGCAGCGCGCACGUGCCGAUGCUCAGGGGCGCGUGGGACCUGCUGCCCAAGGCGCAGGCGGGUGGGCUCGAGUUCGGCAAGGGCAUCUCGGGCUGGAACGUGGACACGGACGAGGGCGAGCGCAAGCUUGCCGUCGGCCGGGACUACAGGGUCAAGUUUGCGCCGGGGGCCGUGGCCGACGACGCCGGCGUGUGGCUGCAGGGCUGCUGCGAGGGCACCCACGGGUUGAGCGAUACCUUGCUGUCUGUGCUGGCGACUCGGUCGGGCGAGAUUGUCGAUUCCAUCUUUGGCCGCGCGGCUGGCAAGAGGUGAUGUGAUGACGAUGAUGAUGAACGAUGAUGGGGAGACACAACAAACGAGCGUAACACACGAGCGCGGUGGGAGAGACGGUGAAGAGAGGAAAGGGAGGAAAAAAGCAUUAGAGUGCGGCGGCGACUGAUGAUUUGCGUGUGCAUUUAAUUUGCCUUGGUAUAGAACGAGGCGGACGUUUGACGGUUGACGUUGGGACCUUUUGCCUACCUACCUGCCUACCUACGUACAACCUACGUCUUUUCUUGCAUUGGAGGGAGAAGAAUCGGGUUUCUCUCUUUGGUUUCCUCCUGCGCCUGGACAUGGAGGCACACUCCCUGGUGGUGAACCUGUCACUCGCAGGAGAGAGUAGCGAUGAUGCAAGCAUAAGCAAUACAUUUCCUAGGACGCAUGCA